ACACAAGAGAGACGGCACAGCUAGCCCCUGCAUGCAAGCGAGUGCACACGGCGCCACCAGCGCCGCAGGGAAUCGCUGAAAAGGGCGGAAAAAAGGAAAGGCCUGUAGAACUUUGAAAUGCCAGGUCGUCUUCGCUGCGAGUCGAAUCUCAUGCAGCGGGAGAGAAAGGGAGAAAUAGGGAGAAGAAGGGAGAAAACCGGAGGCGGCAGAACCGUGAGAGGGAGACAGGCGCGUCGGUCGCAAAAAGCAACCCCCCGCUGUGUUUCACACGCGCGUCUGUGUCUUUCUUCGCGUUUUUUUUCCUCUGGGCAGUGCAUGUCCCUUUCAAACCUGCGCGCGCGGUGGUUCCCGUUUUCUUCGCUCUCGUUGGAUGCCAGCGCCUGCGACCGCGUUCUUCUUCUCUGAAUGCACGCGAGAGCCGAAGAUUUCCAGCGACGACCUGGCGAGGCCAGAAAUCGACGACACACACGAGCGGCGGCCCUGUUUUGGAAACUGAAGAAGAGUCUGGAGAGAAGCAGACGCAGGUCGGCGCGGACCAGCUUCCCUGCUGAAGAUCGCCGGACCUCGAAUCCGCGGGGAAAUGCUGUUCAAGUUCCUGACACCCGUCUGCACACCCAUGCGGAGUUGAAGACCCGUUUCUCCGCAGUGUCGAGUUGACCUUGUCUUGCAUCUUCGCGUCGACGUCUCUUCGUUGGCAACGAGAUCCGGCACAUGCAUAUUUGUAGCCGACUCUGUGUGCGUCUGCAUAUGCGCAUGCUCUGCUUCCUGUGUACACUUGUACUUCCGCAUGUUUAUGCGCAGACACAAAGACGCUGUUUUAUUUUCACCGCGAUACGUCUCGACUUCUCCACGCAGACCGCUGAGGCUGGACAUGUCCAUCAUGUCAUCAGAAAGCGCUUGAAUCGACAAGCAAGCCGUCUACAAAAAUCGGAUUUCCUUUCGCCGAACUCGUUGCCAUUCUCCUUUGCCAACAACAGCAUCUCUUCGUCUUCCCUCUUCUCCCCUCUUCUCCCCUCUUCUCCCCUUUUCUUCCCUCUGCUUCCCUCUGCUUCCCUCUCGCCUUUUUUCGCCUCAGAUCGAGGCAGUGCAUGCUUCUUGAGAGCGGAGGAAGGCGCGCCUGCUGAGGCGUUCGUGGAUGCCCUUUGAGCAGCGAGAGAAACAUGUAGGACAAGUCUUUGGCGUUCCAGAGAGAGCAACGAUGCACAUCAAGGAGGUGACGAUUCGCGGCUUCCGCACGUACCGACACUCCACGACGAUCCACUUCUCUCCCGGCUAUAACUGCAUCGUCGGGGCAAAUGGCAGUGGGAAGUCCAACGUCUUGCUCGCGAUUGCGUUCGCGCUGGGCGAAGGCGGGCAGUCCUCGACAGAGCGGCGCAUGCUUUUGCAUGAAGGCAUGAACGAACGCGUCUCGGAUGGCUCGGUCCAAGUGGUUCUCGCCAACGAGGAUCGACGACUCUGCAUGUACGAUGACGACGAGGUCCAGAUUCGCCGAGUCUUCAGCGCCACAACGGACGACAGCUUCGUCCAGGGCAAGCGAAUCAGCAAGUCCGGUCUCCAGCAGCUCUUGGAGUGCGCAGGCUUCGCGCGAGGUCGCUCGGGCACUGCGUCGUCGAUCGCCUCGACGUCGACUGCGUACUUCAUUCAGCAAGGACGGAUCGUGCAGAUUGCCUUGCAGUCUGGCGCCGAGCGACUGGCGCUGCUGCAGACCGUCGCGGGCGGCGCCUCCUUCGACGCGAAGACGCGCGAAAUCGAAACGCUCAUGCGUGUGGGGGCGACGGAGGCAGGCCGCAUCGAAUCGCAGGUGAAGGAGAUCGGCGAGAAGCUCGCAGAAAUGUCCAGCGAGAGACGCGAACUGAACGAGUGUGUCCACCUCGAGGAAGAGAAGGAGAAAAUCGACUACGUUCUCGCGGAACUGGCUUGGCGCGAGGCUGCGAGUUAUUUGGAGACGCAUGCGCGUGCAUGCGCGGAGCAGACGACGCGAAUCGAGUCUCUGGAGGAGCGGCUGGAGGGCGCCGAGAGUCUGCGGGAGGACCUGGAGAAGCAGCGGGAGCUGCUCAAGACGCAGGUAUCCCGGCAAACGGCGUUGCGCGACGAGGCUGCGAACGUUCAGACGGAGCUCAGGGCGGAAGAGGAGAAGCUCCGACUCGAGGCGAACCUGUGGGAGAAGAAGGAGGAAGCAGAGAUUCAAGGUGACGCAGAGCGCGACGAAAAACUCCGAGACCUGAAGGAGAAACUGCGGAUAGCGGAGAUGAAACUCGCAAACGAACUUCGCCCGUCCCUCGAUGAAACACAGAAAAAAUAUCAAGAGCUCCAGCAGCGCUUCCAGCAGGCUCAACAGCAGCUGACGGCGCUGCAGUGCAAGCGCGGCAUCCUGGCUGCUCGCAGUCACAUGCAGCGUGGAAGUUCCUCGCGGAAGAGUACAUCGAAGGAGGUUUCCGGAGGCGCAAAAGAAGCGCCGCGUUGCUCCGACGCAGAUGUGCAGCGCGAAAUCAAGCAGGCCGAGCACUUGAGAAAGGAGGAAACAGAAAUGAUCAAGACGCUGACAGCUCAGAUCGAGGCACUUACGCGGGAGAGAGCUGAACUGGAAGCAGACCGCGAGGCCUCCCAACACGGGCAGGCGAAAGCAGCCGAGGAACUGAGGGAGACAGAAGCGGCGCAACGAGACCUCAGCAAGGCUUUUGAGGAGGCUUUGGAGGAGCUUCGCGUUCACCAGGCUCAGCUAGGCGAGUUGCUUCAAGAAUACACUGUGGCAAAGGACGCCCUCGCAAGCGCGGAAGAUCGUUUUUGGCAGCAGCUGCGAACGGACGUUCGCGAAGGCCUGCACGCCGCAAUCGACUUUGCUCGCAGCAGAGGCUGGUCAACUCGAACUCGAGAGAAGUUGGAAAAGCAGACGUCUUCGACGGCCCCUGAGCGUCCUCGAAACUCCAGCGGCGACGACACUCCGUCGCCGGAGAAGCAAUGCGAAAAAACGCAGAUGCCAGCAGGCAUGCUUCUCGAUUUCAUCCACGUCGCUCCGGAGUACCGCCGAGCAGUUGAGGCAGUUGGAGCGCAUGCGCUGACGGCGUUCCUGGUGCCUGACGCUCGCGCGGCUGAAGAUCUUUUGUCCUACCUGAAGAGUCGAAAGACGCGAGCGUGUGGGUCCUCGGUUCUUGGCCGCCGAAGCCGGGAGGAGGAGGCGAAAAGAGACGAACGGAGCGGCUGCGUGCAGGAGGGAAAACCGAAUGUCAGCAUCACCGUCGUCCCCCUCAAGGAGGUAGCAGAGCUGCAGAGAGAAAAGGAAGAACUGAGCCGCAACAAAGCACGCCGAACGCGGAUUCGCACUCUCACAGAAGAAGGCAAAUGCAUGCCGCUUGUCGAGUGUGUGGACGUCCAGCUUUCUUAUUCCGCCUCAAGCUCGGCGGACGGACAGCAGGAGGGAGACAGCGGCGUCGAGUUGGUGUCGGCUUAUAUUCGGAGCGUCCUGGGCCGAGCGAUGUUGGUGCCUUCCCUCGCGCAGACAGAUGACGGCUUGGUUUCCAGUCUCCAUGAGAAAGGGCUUGACUGCGUGACUGUGGACGGCGAUGUGGGCUUCGCUUCUGGAGUCGUACGCGGCGGCGGCGUCAUGCCUUCCUUCCUUUCUUCGCAUGCAGACCAGCAAAGCCGGGACUUGUGGGCGCAGCCGGCCUGUGGUAAACUGCAGGCCUAUCGGAAUUUGCGGCAGCGGCAAGAGCAGCUGGAUAGGCUCGGACAGCAAAUCGAGGAGAAGCGAAAGAGACUCGCAGAAGUCGAAUCCCGACAUGACGCCUUCAUCGAGAAGGAGCAGCUGCUCUCUGAGACACGGGCGCGGUGCCAGGCGAACCUGGAGGAGGCGGUAGCGAGCAGGCAGCAGAUCGACGGUCGACUUCGCGCCACGAUGGACCUCCUCGCGGCAGUCGAGGAAGGAGCUCGCCAGGCCACCCAGCGCGUGCAUGGAAUCAAGACUCUCAUUCAAAAUUUGAGAAGAGAAAACGUUUCGCCAGACACAGCAGGUCUCUCGUUGUCGGAGGAGAAGGACGCCACACGUUUGCCUGGAGAAAUUCGUGCAAUGGAGAAGGAGAUGGCUUUGCUCAAAGACGAGGCCGAACAGAGAGAGCGCGAAGUCCGGGAAGCUUCGUCGGAAGUUGAUUUCCAUCUAAGAAAACAAGUUGAGAGGCUCGAGCGAGAAGAGGCGCGUGGACGCCGGUCUGAGGCUCGCGAGAAACGCCAAGAAGUGGAGGAACGGCUGGCUGCAGUCAACCGGCGCAUGCUGCAAGAGGAGGAAGUCAGCCGCAAGUGUGAGCGCCGCCUCCGCGUGUUGGAGGAGGAGCUCGAAGAGAAGGAAGGCGAACUGGACCUCGCGGAAAAGCAACGACAGGGAAUCGUCGCACAAAUCGAAGAUGCUCUCAAGACUCUCCAAAUCAGCAAGCGCGCGGCGGAGAGUGCCCAGCGCGCGAAGGACGACGCAGAGACGCUGUUGGCGGCCACUGGGGCGGCAGCCGCGGCGGCGCCAGACGUCUCGCAGUUGAGGCUUCUCAGUUCCCGCGAGCUCGCAGUGAAGCUCGGCGCCGUAAAGAAGAAACUGGAGGGGUACUCGCACGUCAACAGGCGCGCAGUGGAACAGUUCUCAAAUCUCCAAGAUGACUUCAUGGAUCUGCAGCAGCGCGAGAGCCGACAGAAGGGCACACAAGAGGCGAUUCGAGAGCAACUUAAGAUUUUGGUGAGAAGGAAGAAGAAGGCCGUCCUCGCGUCCUUCGAUCGCGUGAACGAAGAAUUUCAAAAGAUCUUUGCGACGCUGGUCCCUGGUGGACGCGCGGAAAUGAUUCUCCAGCAUUCGCUCCUGCCGGACAACGCUCACGGGUGCUUUGACGAUGACGCCGUGCAGUGCGCAAAGGGCCGCGACGAGAAGACCCGACACAGAAGCAACUCGCUGGACGCGAAAGCCAGGGGACAAGCAAGCCGAGACAAGCGUUUCGAGAUGGAGCACGAAGAGGCCAAGGCAGGCGGAGAAGAAGGAAAAGAGGGAGACGACGGCGGCGCCUCUCUCAUUGGAGUUGACAUCCGGGCGGCGUUCUCCGACGCGGGCGCCUUGACUGCCUCCACACGAGGCGGCGCAGACAGAGCAAAUCACCAGCUGGCUCUUCUGAACUCGACAGGCGGCGAAAACAGGAAGGACAAAGACGGGAGGACACACGGCAUGAAUCAACUAUCAGGUGGGCAGAAGUCGCUGGUUUCGCUCGCACUGCUUCUGGCUCUCCAGCGCGUCUCGUGCUGUUUGUCGAGUUCUCCGUCGGCCGAGUUUUCUGCUGGCGAAGAAGUGAAGGAGACCCCGGGGGGCGUCCUUCUCCUCGACGAAGUGGACGCUGCCCUUGAUGAAAAUCAUCGGCGCGCGGCGGCCCAGGCGUUGGCCCAGACGGCCAGUCGAAGGAUUUCUCAGGUGAUUCUCACUACCUUCAGGCCGGAGCUGCUGUCGCCUGCGGACGCUCUCUUUCACAUCAGCCAAGAGAAUCGAGUUUCCUACGUGGAGGAAAUCGACUUGCGAGCUGCGAUGGACAUCUUACAGGAGCAGCAGGGAGAGGAGAUAGCGUUGCACGAGGAAGCAUCGCGAAGGAUGGAGAGAGACAGCGACGCACGACUGCGGGGAUUGCCUCUGACUUUUCCGCCCCUCCCAGCGCACUGAGAGGUGGAUAGUUUGAACUGCAGUGUUCGAAUAAGUUGACGAGGCAGUAGCACUUCGUUGGACAGCCGAACGUCUUGUCGGGCAAAAGGCGGCGCGGCGGGGAAACGCGAAAAUAUGUACAGCCGGCGGGUGAACCAAAAAAGGGAGAGAAACAUACACGAGAUUACGCACAUGCCACCCCCAAGAGAGUGCACAGGGCCUCGGAGUAAACGCCAGGCGUUGUCGCUGUAUUCAGCGGCAAAACAAUGCUUAUACCUUUCUUGGUUCGCCACAGCCAGGAGAUUUCCAUCUUUCUACAGAUACACCCCUUUGCCAGGGCAGCGCAAACAGAUGUCGCUCAGAUCCACACAAAUACGGAAGUUCUGCAGCUGUUGAGUCGGGAAGAUUCUUGUCAAAGUGGGAGGAUCAUAGUGUUGAUGAAAUUUAUCUAGUUUCUUUUGGUAGACUUUCGGAUUUUCAUUCCGUCUUUCCUACGACAGCCAGGUCUGACUUAGGUUACCGGACUUCUAUUGCCGCGAGCACUGCGAGUGGCUGCCGCCCAGUCAACAGUACGAGGCAGCGAAAAGGCAACAGAAGUGCCGCGGAGCGAAACCGGGGCCCGUUUUCUUCUAAGCAGUCGCACGCAUCUAGUAAUAUCAGUUUCCAGAGUCUGGGACUAGACAAGACACAGUGAGCUGCAUUGUUUUCUGGACAUUUUUUAUCGUCUUCGGGUCUGCUGGGUCGCUCAUGUUUUCGUGGUUCCAUAGAACGAUCUUCACAACGGCAAACUGUCCGACAGCCGUUCCUUUUUAAUUUCUCACAGGUCGGGUUGAUAUCCGGUGGAAUGGCAUGUACAGAACUGGUGACGGGAGUCGUCGUUUUGGGGUCGAGGUGACUCUUCAUGUUUCAGGCCUAUUUGUGGCCAGUGCUUUGGGAAAUUAAAUGCUUUCUGGGAACCGUUUACAGAUUUGCCUCUGCAGGGACGUUAGACAA